AUUAAUUGCAAACUUCCCCGAUUUCCAACUAUCGAUUUAACAUAUGUUGCCUAGAAACACUUUCAAUUAGAAAUUAACAAGGUGUUUACUGAAAUUCUACAUAAAAGUUGACAAAAAAAGCUGUCAGUAUACAAUCUAUUUUAUACUAUUUAUUCUUAUUAAGCAGGGUAUUUAACUGAAAACGAUGUUAAAUUUUCAAUUAAUGACCGACAAAGAUCGGAAAGAAGCCGCUUUACUAGAAAGAAAGCGCGCAAUCGAAGAAGAAAGAAAAAAACGAAUCUUCAAUCCAAGAACACGACUUUAUGGGGUCGAUUACGAAGCCCUAGAGAAACAACUCGCAGAAAAACAUAAACGAGAGGCCGAAGAACGCGAAGUGGAACGGUUUUAUUCUAUUCAAACAGCCAAAUACGAUGAAAUCUCUAAAGCUUUAGAUCUAAAAGAACGGGAGGAGCGACGUAGAAUUCAACAAGAAAUUAAUGAAUUUCGUAAAAAUUACCAAAAACCAGAAGAUCGUCGGGAAUUUGAUUUAAACGAUCCGAAUUACUUUAAAAAAUUAAUUCCAGCUCGUUUAAGAGAUGAUGAUCCCAGAUGUGGUAUUUCUUCAGCACAAAAAUUUGAAGGUGAAGAUUUGGCCAGUGAUCUUCGAUAUAAAGUUCAAAGAGAGCAGAUUAAAGCAUACUUAGAUCAACAAAUGUUGGAACGAGAAGCUGCUGACAAAGAAAGAAAAGCAGCCGAGGAAGCUUACAAAGCGGCUGUAAUGGCAAGAGAUCAAAGAGCUGUCGAAUUGGAUGUAAUGGAAAAAGAGUGUAGGAAAAAAUUACUUGUGGCCACUUGUAGAUACAAUAAAGCGUUGGCCGAUGAAAGAGAAUUUCAGAAACGAUGUGCCGCACAAAAAGAGAAAGAAGAUAGCACGGCAGAAAUGUAUAACAUGUUAACAAGCGACCUGAUGACAGAAAAUCCAGAUCAAGCUUUAAGUAAUUUAGGCAAAAACCGUCGAAUUGGAUAUAUGUAUAAAGGAAUGAACGAGGCGGAAAGAGCGGAAGUAAGAGCCGGUCAAUUAAAUCAAAUUGCGGAAGCGAAAGCAAGAAGAGAGUUUGAGAAACGCCUUGAUUUGGAAUGGCAAGCUUAUAAUAACGGUGUUCAAAAGUCUAUUCAAAUGAUGGAUAAAGAGAUUGAGAGAAAGAAACGGGAAAGCGAACAACAAAUUAUGGAAGAAAACCGGUUAUUGGGAGUUGAACAAAAGAAUCACAAGGAGUACUUGAAUAAAGUUGUUUAUACUAAUAAACCAACGGCUGCAUAUUUCGAUCAAUUUAACAAAUCGACAAGAUAAUUUUGUAAAAUUCGAAACCAGGAAAAUCUCUGUAGACAUCAUCUGUAAAUAAAAUCAACAAAGCA